UCCAGACGAUGGCGGCUUGAUUUGAAGUAAAUAUUUUGACAAGUCAAAACACGUACACUAUUAAAAUAUCGUUUGGAUGGACGAAUAUGGUGUUAGAAAGUAAACGACAAGGCGUUUGUCGGGAUAACCCAUUUGCCGAAGAGCCAAAUGCGAAAGCAUUUUACUACCCAAGCAGACACCGGAAACUGAAUCGAAAAGAAGAAAAGGUUGUCCUUAGCCCGAAUAAAUCUCAAACGGAGUCCGAAUUGAAUUCAGUGGAUCAGCUUUUCCUGAGAGGCACUAAUAUAUUAUUGGAUGAGACGGCGGACGUACGGGAAUCACAGGGUUUGGACGAGUCCUGGCCGAGUACAGAAAGACCGUCUAGCUGCGGUUUUUUAGAUGAUCAUUUUGUAUCAUCGAGACCCGAUCUGGCGGAAGAAAGCUUUCUACAUGAAGAUAAACUGCGACCAUUGAACCCUCUUCGAAAACAAGAACAAUUAAGAACUGAUCUCAGCUCCAGCACAUACGUUGGAAAAUCUGUUUUACAAAGGUACAUAGACCGGUUUCGACAUGGCACUCCAAUGAGUCGAGAGGACAGAAGGCAGCAUGAGAGGUCAGAGUUGAAGGAGUUCUGGUGGCUCAGCUCGUCUCCCCCAACACCCAGCGAUGCGUCCACGCCUAGAGAUGAUGUAAAUGGGAGGACAAAAAAAUUCACAGGAUUUUCCAAGGAUGAAGAUAAAAAGAUAGAGAGAAGAAUGCUCAUGAAUGAUUUUGAGGAUGAGACAACGGCGGAAGUGCAGGAAAAAGCAGACAGACUUCUCGAACUCAGUGAGUGCAGCCUCGGUUCUUCUGGACCUGCCAUCAGUACGGAAGGGCUCGGCAGUUCGACCUCCAGUGACGUGUACAGUGUGAGAGACUACCACAGUCGCCUACCAGUUACCAGCGGUGACCUACCGAGCACUCGCUAUCGGCUGCCAGACUCUCGCAAGGGAAUGCCAGCGACUGAGAGUGCAAAUAAAGCCAGGAAAUCCAUUAAGCCAGUUAUUCCGUCCAGGACAACGGGCCCUGAAGAGGACAUUUUAUAUCGAUGGAGGCUGCAGAGGAAAUUAGAGCUAGCCAGACAGGGGCUACCCACAUUAUACGUAGCCAAAGAAAGGAAGGACGAAGAUAGUAAAUUAAAAGAGUUUCGUCAAAGACUUUCGAAAUCUCUGUUGCCGUCUGCAGAGGCACCACAUCCCGGCAAGGUGACCUUCACCCCGAGACCGGAAAGCCAUGGCAGAACGUCCCAGCAGGUCGAAGUCCAAACCCAAACAAGUGAAAGCACAAAUUUGGCAGACAGUCAUUGUUACGACCAACCUGCUUUAGUAUCCAGGCCAGUCGUAGCCAGCCCAGCGACAUCGAGAGGAAAACCUCACGCAGUCACUGUAGACCCUCACCUUCACUUCAUGUGCGAUCUCUUACCGUGUUCCCAUCAACAUGAAUUAGCUGGUAAUACUGGACACAGAACCGAGCAGACAGUUCGGAUUAACUCCGAUUUAAAUUCGUCCAAUUCAGAGUGUGACAGUGAUACACAUGGUACCAGGUAUAAGCAGUACUUGCAGGCAGAGAAACCGGACAGUGAAAAUAAAAAACGAUCUCGUUCAGAAACUCUUAGACACAGGUCCGAAAAUUUUGUGGAAGGGCCGGAUGGUGUAGAGUCAGCCAGUGAAAAUAAAAAACGAUCUAGUAUAAAAGUUCGUCAAGACAGUUCUGAAGAUCUUGUGGAAGUGUCAUCAGAUGGUGUAGAGGCAGAAAGUGAAGAUAAAAAACGAUCUCGUACAAAAAUUCGUAAAGACAAUCGCAACAAUUUUGCGGACAGUAGAGAGAGUGGUGAACAAGCUAGACAUAAUCAUUAUAAAGAUGACGAAACUCGUAAAUCAAGGGCUGGUCGUGUCAGAAGUAGUGGACUUGAUGCACGCGACACUGGUCUCAAAAAAGGUCGAGAUAAACGUAAUGGUAAAGAAAUUCAUUCAGACUCUCGUCAUCGUGUUCAAGAUGAAUCCACUUCGAAGCCGUCCGCUAAAGUGGGGCGGGGUUCGUCUGGUGCAGGUUUUUCCGAUGUCUCGAACGGCGACAGAAACGCGAAUGCGACACAAGACAUGGAUGAUGAGAAGGAAUCGGAAACAAUGGACAGAGUGUUGGUUUCGAGUCAGAUCUCCGACGUUGUGGCCGACAGCAUGGUGACAGAGUCGUGUGAUGAGCUGACUCUGCCAAAGAUUCGUAUGUCCAGCAGUCCUCAGAUAAGAGCAGCAAGAUUGAAUUCGGCCAUCGGACAGGUUGUGCAGGAUCAUCUGUUCAGUCGAUCGGAACUGACCGUCGUGUCCAGUGUGGACAGCUGGACGUCACUGACCGAUCACAGACAACGCAGUGGGGAACGUUGUGAAGAUGAAACACUUGACACAGCUAUGACCGCAGAGAAACCUGCACUAGACACUGGCACCACCUGUGAUCGGUAUGAAUCGGACGAGGAGUUCCCUGACGACAAUCUACUGCAGAUUCUCCGCAGACAGAGAGUUCACUUUGAAGACAAACUCAGAAAUAUCGACUCCCUUCUAGCACAAGCUUCUCUGAAUAGAUGAGAUUCUACAUAACAAAGAGAAACAAGCCUGUUCUAGAAUAGUUUACAGGGGACAAUUUGCGAGAGCAGGGAGAAAUAAUUAUUUUUUAUAUACUCACCAUACAUAAAUUAACAUUUUUAAUUAAGAUAUAUAUGGGUAGAUGUAGAUCCAUGGGAAGAGGCCAAGGGGUGUGUGUGUGUGUGCCCCCCCCCCCUUUUUUGCAGAGGUCAAAAUAAAUACUAAAAGUGUUUUCAAAUCCCACUUACUGUGUUCAGUACCCCCUCUAUCACAAACCCUUGGAUCUGUACCUGAUGUAUAUGUGGAAAAGAUAUGACAGACAAACUAGGAAUAAAUUUUAUACAAUAAAAUAAUUUGUCCCCCUUCCAGUGAUGUAUUAUGGAACAGCCCUUAUCUGAAUGCAUGCUGGGACAUUUUUGUAGCAGUCUUGGUAGUCUGUUAUUAUUAUAUAUAUAUAUUUUUAAACCCACUACUCCUUUCCUUUCUCUCCUUUGACUUCCAUCUCAUUUCUUCCCAAUCUGGCAACAACUCCUAUCUUUCAACUUCUUUCGCUGACCACCUUCACAUCCCAGUCCUUGUCCCUCCAGCUACAACAGGUGCUUGUCUCUUGUAGCUAUCUUUGCCACACCUGUCAUUUCCCAUCAGCUUUUAGUUGUGGGCUUAGUCUGUGAUUAUUGGUAUGGUAAUCUGUAGAUUUUAGUUUAACACAUGUAACUUUAUUCAACAUUGCUAUGCUCCCUUCUAGAGCCUUCACGAGUCCAAAAUAUUGGGACUUGAAUACUCGAGGGUCAAACUCGACCCGAACACUAGAUGAUAAUGAGACUAAGGAAUAAAGUAAAAUAGUAUUAUGUAUCUUAAUUCCAGCACUGAACAUGGAUGCCAAAUCAUUCCAUUGCAUUUAGAAACCGGUUGAUAUGUUCAGUGUUGUGAAGGACGGACAGCCAGUUUAAAAAGAGAAACUAGCGCAAGAUCAUAUAAUUAUUAUGUAACUUAUAUCUAUCAUUAUGUACUGCUGGGUGGGGCAGGGUUAUUUCAAGCAACAUGAUGCUGAUACAUCGUAGGGUUUGGAAAACUAGGAUAGUCAAGAUGCUUCCUGUUCUGUCUGAAAUUAUAUAUUUAAUUAAUACAUGUAUAUAUAUUUCAAUAUAUUGUUAACUUUAACAAAUAAAUUUAUAUUUAUAUCA